AUGUCUCUAAAAACGAAGGCUGCCCAGACUUCGGAACUAGACCUUGUAAAUGAGAAAGAUGGCGUCUCCACGACUCUGAAGUCAAUGCUACAUGAUUAUGAGUACAGAAGAAAAAUUGUGUUGUGGAUUUCUUUACCCAUAGCAAUGCUCAACCAGGGCAUCGUUGACUCGCAAGGAGCUGCAGCACUGCUAGAUCUCCAGCUGAUCACCGCGACAGAUGACCAGAUCUCGGCUCUGUACAUCACGGCCUACAACCUCGGCUAUGUCCUGGGUUCUCUUCUUGCCGGCCUUUGUCAUGGCAAGAUCAACAGCUACUUUCUGCUGACUGUGUGUUGUGUACUGACUGGCGGUACAAACAUAGCAACUCCUUACUGCAGUACCUUUCUACUGAUGUUUAUCGUUCGCUGCACUGUGGGAUGUUUUCUUGGCGUCAUAGUCUGCAUUGUCAACGCCGAGCACAUGCGGAUCUGGGACACGAAAGGAGAGUCGCUUCUGCAGCUCAUUAACUGUGUCUAUGCCUUGGGUGGCGUCGUCGGUCCAAUAAUGGCUGCGCCAUUUAUAACAGAAAGGGACAGAAAAAAGGCAACAACAUCGUCUCAUCAAAAUGUGACAUCAGACAGCUUGAUCAAUAACUCUAUGAUAUUUAACAACUCCGGACGGCACUUUGUUAUUUGUGAUAAUUUCACGAAUAGCAACUCUUCAAUAGAUAACCUAAUAAAUUACAAUAGAACAUUUGACGACUUUAUAAAUAUGAUCAAGGAAUGCCACAAUCAAACGGAAGUAGAUAAAUCAAACCUGCAACGCUCCACAAACGUCCAUUUCGCCUUCCUGAUUGGUGGACUUAUUUCCAUCCUGGUAUCUGUGCCAUUUUUGAUCACCCUGCUAACUUUCAACAAAUCAAACUCUAACGUUCAAGAGCGGACUGACCCAGCAAUCCAAGAACGUAAAUUACCUCUGUUAUUGACAGUCUUCUUAGCGGUACUCCUGUUUUUAUAUUAUCUGUUUUAUUGUUCUAUUGAAGUAACAUUUAAUUCUUACAUUUUAGUAUUUAUUGUAAAACACUUUGAAAACAUCGGUACUCAUGAAGCGGCGUAUAUACUGACUUACUACUGGGCGCUAUUCGCGACUGGCAGGUUUUUCUCCAUCUUUACUUCGAAAUACUUACCUGCCAGAAAACUACUGUACAUACAUUUGACCAUGAUUGCAUCAGCAUUGGCGGGACUUAUAGCCGGCGCCCUGUUGAACAGGUUUGAUAUAGUGACCGUUUUUUCUUGUCUCAUGGGAUUGUCCUGUUCGGCCACUCUAGCUGCAGGCUUUUCCUGGACUGAAGCCGAGCUGAUGAAAGUCACUGGCCCAAUAUCUGCAGUUAUCCUGAUAGGGGCGUCUACUGGACCGAUGGUGGUGCCUUUCGUGGUGGGUCACUUGGUGGAGUAUGAGUCAGACAUGUGGUUCUGUUACAGUAUCGUGGCGGCGCUGGUUCUGGCCGUGUCUGUACUUGCGGUAAUGAUGACCUUCAACCGAUGUUAUGUGAACCGGAAGUAUGGCAAACUAGUCGCGGUUUUACUGCAGGAAAAACCGCAGGGUUUACCCGAUAUUGUUAUACAAAAAAGUUAUUUAUAA